AUGCCUUCCACGCACUAUCUCCUUGCAGGACUGCGGGCCUGUCGCUCGUCUUUGCAAAAUCCAUCCAAACGUCCAUCUAGUGCUCGCUGCUACGCUACUACUACACCAAAGUCUCGCCAUGGCUCUUUCUAUUCAGACACUUUGCCCGCUAUGAUUCCAGUCUUUCUAUUGGGCUCUGCCGUUUUUUUGGGUCUCCAACUGACGCAAUUAAAACUCUCACAUGAAAAAUUCAUCGACGAAGCUACCGCACGCGUUGCAGAGCUCGAAGCAGAAAUUGAGGCGCUCCAACAGCAGCGAGCAUCCGAAACACAGACAUCCUCCCAAGCUGAGCCAGAGGCUCCAACAUCUCGAUGGCGAUGGUGGUGA